GCUCCGGGAGUCGUAGGCUGCAGCUGCCCGCGGCUCCGGGACCGGCGGUGGCUCCGCGGCCGUGGGGGCGUCAAUGGAUCGCCAUUCCAGCUACAUCUUCAUCUGGCUGCAGCUCGAACUCUGCGCCAUGGCCGUGCUGCUCACCAAAGGUGAAAUCAGAUGCUACUGUGAUGCUGCCCACUGUGUGGCAACUGGCUAUAUGUGUAAAUCUGAGUUGAGUGCCUGCUUCUCUAGGCUUCUUGAUCCUCAGAACACAAAUUCCCCACUCACCCAUGGCUGCCUGGACUCUCUCGCAAGCACAGCAGACAUCUGCCAAGCCAAACAGGCACAAAACCACUCUGGCACCGCCAUACCCACAUUGGAAUGCUGUCAUGAAGAUAUGUGCAAUUACCGAGGGCUGCAUGACGUUCUCUCUUCUCCCAAAGGAGAGGCCUCAGGACAAGGAAACCGGUAUCAGCAUGAUGGUAGCAGAAACCUCAUCACCAAAGUGCAGGAGCUGACUUCUUCCAAAGAGCUGUGGUUCCGGGCAGCAGUGAUUGCUGUUCCAAUUGCUGGAGGGCUGAUUUUAGUGUUGCUUAUUAUGUUGGCCUUGAGGAUGCUGCGAAGUGAAAACAAGAGACUGCGGGAUCAGCGGCAACAGAUGCUCUCCCGUUUGCACUACAGCUUUCAUGGACACCAUUCCAAAAAGGGGCAGGUUGCAAAGUUGGACUUGGAAUGCAUGGUGCCGGUGAGUGGGCACGAGAACUGCUGUCUGACCUGUGACAAAAUGAGACAAGCAGACUUCAGCAACGACAAGAUCCUCUCUCUCGUUCACUGGGGCAUGUAUAGUGGGCACGGGAAGCUGGAAUUCGUAUGACCGUGUCUUAUCUGAACUGAGCUUCUUGGACCCUUGAAGGCCUUUGAGUUCCGCUGGACAGGAGCACUUUAUCUGAAGAAAAACAAACUCAUGUAAUCAACUUUGAGAGACAAAAUGACCUCUGCAAACAGAAUCUUGGAUGUUUCUUCUGAAGGAUUAUUUGCACAGACUUACAUACAGUCAAAUGUAUUUUUUGCUUUGAAAUUAUAAAAAGCAAAGAGAAGACUAUGUACACACUGUUACCAAGGUGAUUUGCAUCUGAGGGAGCUGGAAUGAGUACCUAAAUAAACUAAAAUGUGUUGUAUGUAAGCUC